CCGCAGACUUUUCAAGAUGUUGACACAAUCGAGACAAUUGUUAUUAUAGGGAAGACGCGAUGAUUCUUUGAAGUCAUUAUCAUUAAUCAAUGCUCCGAUAUUGACUUGGUGCUCCCCGUUUAAUGACAUCGCUUGUCUGUUACCGGGCGCACAGAAAAGGCAAAAACAUCAUUGUGCAAGAGCAAUACCGACCCUCGUGUCUCGUGACCUGUUGCCAGCCAUGCCCGGUCUAUAUAUAAACCUUUCUUGAUCCAUAUUGAACCCAAAACUUUCAAGACAAGACACACCUCAAGAUACACCACUCGUGCCGCGCACAAAAUGCAGGACAAAGGAUCUGAUAUCACGCACUGACUGAAGUUUUCUACCAGCCUACAAGAAACGAUGAUUCAUUGAAUGUGAUCAACAACAUUCAGCCAGAGCGAUGAAUUAUUGAUUUCUUUCGUUAGCCAGUCUGCUGAUGCAACUGACUUACCAAACUAAACCAUUUAGCUUCGGGUUAUGAAACCCUUACUAAAUAUAAAGGCUUAAGUCACCAAUAACUUGAUUUCAACUGAAGACUCUGCAACACCUGUCAAAUAUUGCCCUGCGUUGUGAAUUCUGAAGGAAGACAAACUAAUUUAGAGACAAGAUAUGAGGACUUUGGUACCAACUUCUACCACAGCAAUGUCCGUUAAGGAUUAUCGAGACGUUAUGACGGACCCCACCAAGAACUUACUCAACGUCAUGCGCACCAAUAGCUUCACCCGUAUCAAGUCGGCCCUGACAGUCCCGGGAAUUCACUUCGGCAGCCGGGACCCAGAGCACGACCUUCAGACCCUCCUCAUGCGUGUCUGCCGCUUGGACAUGCCACCCAGAAAUCGACGAGACCUAGCCAAGAUCCUUUUGGACAAACAGCAGUUAGACGUGAACGCCAAGGACUCAGAAGGCAUGACAGCACUGGCUCACGCCUGUAUGAUGGGCGACACGACCAUGUUAAAACUCCUCGCUGAAGAGGCUGAUGUCGAUCCCAACAUUGCAGAUCGAGAGGGAGACACGCCCCUACUGCAUGCCUGCCGAGCUGGACAGGAUGAUUUGGUCGCUACGCUGCUGACACACUUCGUGAGAUGUGGACUUCAAGUGGACCAAUCAAAUAAUCAAGGUGUAACUCCCCUAAUUGAGGCUGCGAGAGGAGGUCAUGCGGACAUCUGUCGCCGUUUAGUUACGAUAGGUAAUGCAGACGUCAACGCACGGGAUGGAGAUACCUUCAACACGGCUCAGGACUACGCAAUUGCAAGCCGCCGGCUUUCCACCCCAGACAUUCUCCUACUUUCUCCCAUCGCGCAGAGGAAACUCCAAGCGAGAAAGAAACGGGAAGCCAUGGGGCGCAGCUCUCUGUGUGAACUCAUGAAGCGUGCCUCAUUUUAUCCCACCACAGGCUGGCAGCAGGAGGACUCCGGAAACACCUUCGUCAUUGAGCAUAGAGAUGGGAAACUGAAGCAGCGCAGUAAAGCUGUUACAGCCACUCUCCACCAAGAACACUUGCAGCAGCUGAACAGCACCGUGUUUCAGGUGGCCAAGUAUGGGUUGAGUCGCGUCGCUGAGCAGCGUCAAGAAGAAGACGAGCUGAGCGCUGAUACUGAGAAACCCCGACAGCGAAAGAUAUCUCUGUCCUUACCAGACCUCCGCGAAGAAGAUUUAGACCAGGACAUCAAAUUAACAAGUACCCGAUCCAAUCCUCUGUCCAAGAGCUCCAGCCAAGACAACCACCUACGUGUUCCACAUCGCCCAUCCCCGUCUAAUAGCCCUAUCCUUAGCCGACGGAGCACCCCUAGUCCUUCGCGUCUUCCCCACCCACCAGUCUCACCCAGUAAAUUGCACAACCCUCGUCUGAAGCUUCCAUUUGUUGAUUCGCCCAGUCAAAGCCCCGCCUCCGUCAGACGAAGAGGCAGCGUCCCUAACAAAGUCUCAAUGGGUUCAAAGCCCGUGGUCAGGAUGAAUGCAAUUCACCAUUCAAGUAUGGGGCUCUCACAGAGCCCUCCUAAUAGCUGGGCACCAUCAGCCAAUAGCCGUAGCUCCCACGCUCAUGGCCAAGUACCAGUGGUACAUAUAGUCACACCAAAUAAGAACGUGGAGUCAAGGACGAGACUCUCAUGGGAAGGCAAACCAUCAUCGUCAGUUCCUUCCUACCUUUUCAGAUGAUAACUUGUCAUUAGAGCUCCAUAAACGGUGAUUUGAUCACUGCAAUCGAUGGAAAAUGAAACUGGACAAGUAUGCUCAGAUUUGAGCAGUCGGAGGUUGAUUUUUGUUGAAGAAGUCCAAAUUAUAAAUUUUACAAUAAUUUAAAAAUUCUUAACUUGGGAAAAUUGCAGACUUUAAAUUCACCAGACGAUGUCAGUAAGACUGAAAUUAAAAUUAUGAAUCAUAUUUUGUAUUUCUUGUAUUUAAAUGGCUGGCUUACAGCUGUUGACAUGUUGGGUAAUUAUUUUAUCCCGACGCAUUAUUGAAGACUUUUCGAAUAUUCCAUAUGCCAGUUAUUUAUGAAUUUAGAACUGGGCUUAACCCCUUUUACAAAUAGAAUGAAAUUAAGGACCUUUAAAUUAAUCUGUAAAUAAAGUUUAAAUUAUAUUAAAUUAGAUAUGGAUGAGUCAAAAAACCAAACACAAAGCAUUACAACAGCAAAAGAUUCUUUCCAAUAAACUUUAUUUUGGAUCUUUCUUCGAUGAAAAUGUAUUUCCUUUACAAAUGUGAAACUUACACCAUUAAAAAGAGUGAUUCAAAUCAUAAAGUUUGGCUUUUUCUCACUCUAAAAGUGUCC